AUGAACUAUUCACCAGUUACGUCGUCUUCUAAUGAAUCUUCACAGAAAACUGGGCUCCAGAACCUGUUAAACAAGUUCAAGUUUGUGCGGACGCUCAAUUCGAACCCUCAAAUCAAAGUGAUCUCUCUUUUGGGCCAAAUUGAUGGCCAGGACGCCAUUGUGACGAUGGAGAAGAUGCAUUUUGUUUACGAUACCAACGUGUUGAAGAAGGGACUCGGACGUAACACACCUGUGCUGCACAAUUGCGAGGACGAGUUCUCGUGUAUCAAGUCGAUCGAAGAAAUGCGAGAAAUUGCGGCUAACGACAUCUACUAUUGGGGUGCGGGUCUUUUGAAGCAGGACUUGGAACACAACCCAACGGCGAAAAUCAACUUGAUUUGGCCCGCUACAAGGGUGCACAUUCGCAAAUACGAGGUUCAGGACUACCACAUGGUUCGUGAAACGCCUGAAAUGUACCAGAGGGUCGUCAAGCCAUACAUCGAGGAGAUGAGCAGCGAAUCGCGUUUGAAAUGGGUUCAGAAUAUCCUGUACAAUGGAGCAGAGUCCGAACGUGUGGUGUACAAGGACUUUAUUGAGGAAAAUUUCCCCAAGGGCUUUUUGGUCUUGCCCGACAUGAAAUGGGAUGGCGUGACUUUGGACUCGUUGUAUUUGGUGGCACUGGUGUUUCGCACCGACAUCCGAUCUCUGCGGGAUCUCAGACCCGAACACAAACCAUGGCUCAUCGAGCUGAUUACCAAGAUCAAAACUGUCAUUCCUGCGUGCUAUAAUUACGCCAUCCACCCCGACGAAUUGCGAAUCUUCCUCCAUUACCAGCCUUCAUACUACCAUUUCCACAUUCACAUCGUUAACGUCAAGCACGCAGGGCUGGGCGAUGGUAUUUCGUCCGGAAAAGCGGUUUUGCUGGAAGACAUCAUUGAACAGUUGAACUUCCUGGGCGAAAACGGGUUUGCAGGCAGAACUAUCACAUACGUCAUGGGCGGGAAUCACGACUUGUGGAAGCGUGGCAUGAAGGAGGAAGUAUCGCGUCAAUUGAGAGAAGAUGGCAUUCCAAAGGCUCCGAAAAUCAUCAACGACUUCGCCUAA